AUGGCAGAGGAUGAAGUCAUGGACACAAUCGCUGAGUCAGAUGAAGUAGAAGAUAGUGCAGGAGAAGUCGAUGAAGAAACAACUGGCAGCAAGGUCGAAGCAUCAAAAGAGACAGAGAGCCUGCAGGAAGAGCUUGCAGCAGCAAAGGCGGAUGCUGAGACUUCAAAGGAACUCGCGGCACGGCGACAGCGCCAACUUGACGAUUCCCAGGCUGAAGCGUCAAGGCAAAUCCAAAGCCUGCAGGAAGAGCUCGAAGCUGUAAAGGUGGAUGCUGAGUCUUCAAAGGAAGUUGCUGAGCUGUACCAGCAACAGCUUGUUGAGUCAAAGGCUGAAGCAUCAAGGCAAAUCCAAAGCCUGCAGGAAGAGCUCGGAGCUGUAAAGGAGGCUGCUGCGCUGUGCCAGCAACGACUCCACGAGACAAAGGCAGAAUCCGCGAAGCAGCAAGACAGCGAGCUUCAAAAAUCUCAGGUGACUCAAGUAGCAGCGGCAAAAGACAUCAGGGCUGCUGUCCGUGAGCUCACAGCCCUGCAGUCGCAGCUGCAAGCCCUCCAGGCCAGCAGGCUGCAGGAUGCUGAUGUUCAGAGGCAAAAGUUGGAGGAACUGAAGGAGCUUGAGGCUGCCAAGCAGGAGGAUGCCAAGAAGCAGCUCCAGUCCGCGAAGGACCACGCGGAAGUAGUCUUGGCGGAGAAUGCCAAGCUCAGGCGAGAGAUCAAUGCCCUCAAAGAGGCGCGUGAUGCGCCCACGCAAGAGAGGCCAGACUCAGAAGAUACCUUCUGGGGACGAGUGAUGGCAUCCAUUGCCUGUGCCCGAACUUCCAAACCCACUUCCCCCAGCAACGCUCGAGCUGGGCUGGCUGAACCAGAGCAGCCAAUCCGGCUCUCGAUGCCGGACACAAAUGGUCCCUGA